GCUAAACACAUUUUGGAAAGAGCCAGUCUGGUAGCAGUUUGCACAAGUCUGUAUUUAUCACCUAUGUAGGUGAUAUUUAAUCACUCUUGCAUAUAAGGCUGGAAAUCCAAACACCUACAGCCUGACCAGACUGAAACCAUGAAGGUUGUGUUCGCUUUCCUUCUUUGUGCUCUUUGUUUUCUGGGCCUGGAUGCUCAGUGUCCAGAGCCAAGUACCCUAAAAGACGCUGAGGGCCAGAAGCUCUGUGCCCGUCUGUUUGAGGACAGCAACUACUACUACGAGCAAAGCUGUGGUGGAGAGUACAUCGAUGUCUAUCCCAAUGAGGAUGUCCCUAUCAUUCCCUGGCGCUGGAACAACCGUGUGUCAUCUCUGGUGGUGAACAAGUUCUGCAGCCUGACUGUGUGGUCUCGCAUCAAGAAGAAUGGCAGUAAGAGAAAGUUUUCUUCUGGCAUUGUGUACCGCCUGAAAGAUGUGCAGCAGGGCCUGUUCGGAAACUGGGACAACGACAUCUCUGCCUACUACUGCGUCUGCUAGAGGGUGCUGACACGAGCCAAGGAGGAGAGACUGAAACAAAAACCUACUGUAGAAAUUAAGCUUACUCUGCAAUACAUCAUUUGAAAAUGUGCUGGUUAUUGUUUGAUUUAGUUCAAUACCAUGAAUAAAUCUGCACUAAUU